GUCUCAGACAGUAAAACAUCAUCUUAUGUGGGAUCUUUCAGCUGCUACAGUAUCACCAUGUUGCACCACGGACAUCAAGAGUGAAGUCCUGCUGGGAGGAGUUGGACUCUUCACCUGUGUGUUCAUGUGUGCUGUCAAACAUCACCAUGACUCCUGUCUGGUUUCUAAUGAACUCCAUCUGAAGAGAACAGGCUGCAUGACUGCAAACACUUAUCUUAACCAACAAUCUUCAUGUAGUCAACUUCUUCUUUUCAGGUGUGAAAGACGUCAGUGUCCCAAAUCCUCCCUGGGACUGUCCACAGUGACCACCAUCUCAACAUGAGGUUAAUACAGUUAGUUUGUUGCAGCGUUAGAUUGGAUCAAUGAACAAAGAAACAUUUAACUUUCCUCUGAGAGAAAACUACGUUUUAAAAAUGCAAACGUGAAAAUGUUUGUUUGGCGUCUAUAAGAGAUUCAAACCGCCUACCCCUAACCUUGAAUGUCAUUAUGAGGAAGUGACAUCAUCCUAAUGUCAGGAAGUAGAUGCAGCGUCUCUCGACUAAAGAACUGUUUUAGAAACAGUUGUGAGCAUCAGAACGAGAGAGAGAAGAAGCAGAGACACAGAGAAGCACGAUGGAAGAGUUCAAAUGGAUCAAAAUGUCUUUAUUUCUGAUACUGCUGCUUACCUUUACAGCAGCAGCUGGAUAUCUUCUCUCCUCCUCUGUCAGAGCUGGAGAUGACGUCACUUUGCCUUGUGAACAUGUGACAGACGGUCAGAGAGCGUGUGACAGUACUACCUGGAUCUUCAGUGGUUCAGGAGACACAGUGGAGCUGGUUAACCUCGGGAAGAUUAAAGAAGAAGCCGGAGUUAAACCAGACAGACUGAGUGUUACAGAGAAAUGUUCUCUGGUUAUAAAGAAGGUCACAGAGGAGGAUGCUGGUCGUUACACCUGCAGACAGUUCUACACAUCAGGAGAUCAACAAGGUCCAGAUGCUGUGGUCUAUCUGUCUGUUGUUACCAUGACUGAACAUCAGGACAGUGAUGAGGUGACGUUACGCUGCUCUGUGUCCACAUAUGGACCAUGUACACACACAGUGAAGUGGCUGUUUAAGAGUCAUGAUGUGGAUAAAGAUAACCCAGAUAUGAGGACAUCCCAGUCUCCCUGCUCCUCCUCUGUGACCUUUCCUACUUCUCAUUUUAGUUACACAUCAAGGUAUCAGCUCUUUAGGUGUGAAGUGACUGAAGGAGACAAAGUGCAGGAGUUUCCCUUCAGCCCUCAGUCCUCAGGUGAGGACAAAACAACAACAAAACCAACAACAACAACAACAACAACAACAACAACAACAACAACAACCUUAAAAUCAACCACCACCGCCACAACAACAACAACAAUAACAACAAUAAAACCAACAACCACCGUCACCAUAACAACACCAGAACCAUCAACAACAGCUGAGAGCAGACUUAAAGCAGGUUCAUGGAGGUCCAUCUUUGGGCCCGUGGGUUUAGCAGCUCUCAUAAUAAUAGUUGUGGCGGUCAACAUGUGGACGAGAGCUAAAGAGAAGAAAACACAGACAGAGGACAUCGCUGUGCGUUAUGACGUAGAUGAUGAUACAGUGAACUAUGAGAACAUCAGAUCUCCUGAUGGAGUCUGACCAACACUUCUGCCUCCAUCAGCCUCCACCCAUCAACUCCUCACCUUUUACUGGACCAGUUCAACACUGUCAAUAUCAAAAAGAAUCAUUAAGCCUUAUUUUAUUUUAGUCUGAUGUAUUUCCUGCAUCGACUGUAAAAACCUUUCCUCAUCUGCAGCCAGUUGAGAACAGCAGCUGGAUUUGAACUUCAUUUAACUCUUGGUAACUUCCUGAAAUAGUCUUCCAGCUGCAGAUUUCACAGCUGAUUUUAAGAUGUAAGAUGCUUGUUGUUAAAACUCCAGCAGCUUGAGCUCAGUUUGAUGUCUCUGUGUGCAGAAUAACUCAUUUUAAUCCGCUUUCAUUUAAGUCAGUCACAGUCUUCUCUGUAUCUCAUGUGAUGACAACAUUGUAGUGAACUAGAGAGGUGAAUGUUGCAGGCUGCAUGGUAGGUAGGCUGAAACCAGGAGACCGUGCACCGGGCUGCUGAACCAGACCGACUGGAACCGAGCAACCGUUCAAGUCUACAUGGAAUCAAACGGGUGUCUUACUGCUCGUGCACCUUAGAUGAUUGUGUACAUAGAAAUUCAUAAGCUACGUUAUCGAUGGAUAUCACAUACCAACCCGGUCUCACGGCAGUUUGUGAAACGGUCUCGUAAUUUAGAUUUUUUAUUUUGUGUACAUAUCACUUGACUAUUUCACGAACUGCUGUGACACUGGGCUGCUCUGGGGGACGCAACAACGGGGAAAUCAAACGCUACACGAGGGACGGUGACAACAACGGGACGUAGUGGUUAGGAAGAAAAUAAACAGGAAAGGAACUGCAACACGUGGGACACGAUCCCUGGUCUCAGUGGGGGAAAGUCCAGUGUUAUUUGACCCGUCCACCCCCCCGACCAGCCUCAAUGCGCUGAUUUUCUGCCUUUCAAUACUAUUUGCUCCCAUAAUCAUGCUGUUAUCACGAAAUGGGCUUGCCAUUGAAAUACAUUACUUUAAAAUUCGUAAUUAACACAUGAAAAUGACGACAUUAACGUGAUCUGUGGACGAAUCAGGUAGGCAGUCAGGAGGAGACCGUGGACCAGGCUACUGAACCAGACCCUAACCCUGCCUAAUGCAUGAGUCUCUGUAACCAAAGGGGAGUCUAGGUCCUCAAAGGUUUGAGUUAUCAACUGAUCCCAGACCCGUCUCAGGACUGUCCACAAAGCAACUGUUACCUUAUGAAUUAUACAUUGUUAAAUAACAGGGCUGUAUUUUUCUACUUUAGUGUUGGCUAACUCAAAGUUUAUUAAAAUAUAAUCUGCUAAUAAAUGUUCACCACUUCAUUCUA